GCGUGAUCUUGAAGCGCGAGGAAGUGUCCGCGAGAGCGAAGUCUGAGUCACUCGUGCGAUCAUCAUCAGCCCGACCGGACCGGACACAUGGCGGCAGAGACAUUUAGAUCGUUAAGGCUGUGUCGGCGUCAUAUGUCUCUGUUAAGGAGGUGUCCUCGGCUCAUAGGUCCACAAGAACAUCAGAAGUUCUUCUCCUCACACAGAGUUGUAAAGAGUCACAGCCUCUUUAGGAAACUGUUGUUUGGCGUCUCGGCAGGGGUGCCGCUCGUGGUCGGGGUGCGAUAUGUGGUCUCAGAGCCCAGAGAGAGGAGGAAGAUGAAGAUACUAGCAGAGGGAGUCGGGCGCUUCUGCAGGUCUCUCUAUGUCGGGCUGAUGAUAUCAGCAGAUUACUGGUGGACAUCCAACAUUGUUCUGCGUGGCUUGGAUGAGAGCAGUCCAGAGUAUGAGGAGCUCAUGUCAGCGUGUCAUCAGAGAGCAGCCAGUAAAAUGGUAGACGGGGCUAUCCAGAACGGAGGCCUGUAUAUUAAGCUGGGACAGGGACUGUGUGCAUUCAACCAUCUUCUACCUCCAGAGUACAUCCGCACCCUGCAUGUGCUGGAGGAUAAAGCGCUCAACAGAAGAUACAAAGAGGUAGAUGCUUUAUUCCAGGAGGACUUCAGCAUGACUCCAGAUAAAAUGUUCAGGACGUUUGACUAUGACCCUGUGGCUGCUGCGAGUCUGGCACAAGUACACAAGGCCGAACUGCAUGAUGGGACACCUGUGGCUGUAAAGGUGCAGUAUAUUGAUCUCAGGGAUCGCUUUGAUGGUGAUAUCAGGACUCUGGAGAUUUUGCUGGACAUUGUGAAAUCUAUGCACCCCAGCUUUGGCUUCCGCUGGGUCUUACAGGACUUGAAAGGAACGCUGGCACAAGAGCUGGAUUUUGAGAAUGAAGGCAGGAAUUCUGAACGUUGUGCAGAGGAACUCAAGCAUUUUAAGUUUAUAGUUGUGCCCAAAGUAUUCUGGGAUCUGACCAGCAAGAGAGUCCUUACAGCAGAGUUCUGUGAUGGAUGCAAAAUCAACAACGUGGAGGAGAUUCAGCGUCAGGGACUGAGUCUGAAAGACGCAGCUGAUAAACUCGUCCGCACAUUCGCAGAGCAGAUCUUUUACACCGGCUUUAUUCACGCUGAUCCUCAUCCGGGAAAUGUACUGGUAAGAAGAGGUCCAGAUAAAAAAGCUGAGUUAGUUCUGUUGGAUCAUGGGCUGUAUGAAAACCUCAGUAAAAGUGACAGAGCGGCUCUGUGUCAGCUGUGGCGAUCCAUAAUCCUGCGGGAUGAAGCCGGCAUGAAGACAUAUGCAAAUCAGCUCGGGGUCAAAGAAUACUUCCUGUUCAGUGAGAUGCUUCUGCAGCGGCCAAUCAACAUGUGGGAAAUGGGCCUGGGUAACAUCCUGACUCGAGAGGAGACGUCGUACAUGCGUGACAUGGCCAUGAACCGCUUUGAUCAAAUCAUGCAGGUGUUGAAGUCUAUGCCGCGGCCCAUGCUGCUGGUGUUCAGGAACAUUAACACGGUCCGCUGCAUCAACAUCACUCUGGGAGCUCCAGUCGACCGCUACUUCAUCAUGGCCAAGUGUGCUGUGAGAGGAUGGGGCAGAACUCUGGCCGAUGACACCAGGAUUCUUCCCAGACUGUCAGUCUUCCGCUGGUUCUGGUCCUUUUGGCAGAGCGUCAAGUUUGAAUUCGCUUUACGGUCAGAGAUGGCGCUCAUGAGUGUCACUCACUCUCUGCUUAAGCUGCUGUCUUACUGCAAUAUUAUCACGCUGGACCAGGACGUGUAUCAGUUUCUGAAAUGAAGCGUCACCUCUGAGCCUGGUUUCACUCGUGUUGGAUAUGGCUUUGCUCUCAAUGCUGUUUGUUCUUUUAACGAGUUUCACUCGAGCUUGGGCUCUCAGGAACCUCUCACACACACUCUCUAUCUCUCCCUCUCUGUAGCUUUUC